CGCGGGCGGGAGCGGCGGCCGGCGGCGCGGUCCUGGCGGGCGGGGGCCUGGAGAAAGGGCAGGGGCCGGCGGCGGGCGCGGGCCGGCAGCAGCAUGGGGUCACGGAGGGCCCCCGGCCGCGGCUGGGGCUCGGGCGGACGGUCCGGGGCGGGGGGCGACGGCGAGGACGACGGGCCCAUGUGGAUCCCCAGCCCCGCCAGCCGCAGCUACCUGCUCAGCGUGCGGCCCGAGACGAGCUUAUCAAGCAACUGGUUGUCUCACCCCAGCUCUGGAAGGAGCACCUUCUGCUCCGUCAUUGCUCAGCUAACAGAGGAGACCCAGCCGCUUUUUGAGACCACGCUCAAGUCCCGGGCUGUGUCCGAGGACAGCGACGUUAGAUUCACCUGCAUCGUCACAGGAUACCCAGAGCCAGAGGUGACCUGGUACAAGGAUGACACAGAGCUGGACCGCUACUGUGGCUUGCCAAAAUACGAGAUCACUCAUCAGGGCAACCGCCACACACUGCAGCUCUACAGGUGUCGAGAAGAAGAUGCCGCCAUCUACCAGGCCUCUGCCCAGAAUGCCAAGGGAAUUGUGUCCUGCUCGGGGGUCUUGGAGGUGGGCACCAUGACCGAAUACAAGAUCCACCAGCGCUGGUUCGCCAAGCUGAAGCGCAAGGCUGCAGCAAAGAUGCGUGAGAUCGAGAAGAGCUGGAAGCACGGGAAGGAGGCCGUGGAAGAGGCCGACACCCUGCGCAAGCUCAGCCCCGACCGCUUCCAGCGGAAGCGGCGGCUGAGUGGGGCCGAGGUGCCAGUCCCCUCGGCCCCUACCCGGGAGGUCGAGAGCGGGACACCAGUGGCUUGGCAGGAGGGAGAGACGGAGCCUGGUCAGCUCCCAGGUUUGGGCCUGAUCAACAGUUUUGCUUCCGGAGAGGUGACCACCAACGGGGAGGCUGCCCCUGAGAACGGGGAAGCUGGGGAGCAUGGCCUGUUGACAUACAUCUGUAAAGCCAUGGAGCUGGGGCCUCAAAGAGCCCCCAAAAAGGAGUCUGGGGCCAAGAAGAAAAAGAAAGAUGAGGAACCUAAGCAAGGUGUGCAGAAGCCAGAGGUAGAGAGGGCAGCUCGAAGCCACCGUUCCUCUGAAAACUGUGUCCCCAGUUCAGACAAGCCUGACUCCUGUGGGACACAGGGGCCCAUGGACGUGGAGCAGGUUCAGACCCAGCCCAGGGGCAGGGCCGCACAGGGGCCUGGAUCCUCCGGAGCAGAUGGCACCAGGAAGCCAGCCUCUGCUGUGGGUACUCAAGACCAGGCCCAGAAUGCCCCUGUCCCAGGCCCAGACCAGGAAGUGUAUUUCUCCCUGAAGGACAUGUAUCUGGAGAGCACCCAGGCAGACAAGCCUCAGGGGGAGGAGGGGGCCCAGGCCCCCAGUGGCAGGACACCUGGAGAGCUGCCCUCAGGGAAGGUAUCCAGCAAAGCCAGAGGUGAGAGGGAACCUGCUGUCCCUGGCCAGCCCACGCCCUCAGCCCCCCAGCAGACUAGGCCCUUCAACAGGAAGAGAUUUGCUCCUCCGAAGCCCAAAAGGGAGCCCACCACCAGCUGCAAGCCUGAUUCUUCCCCAAGUCAAGAUCCAGAACCUGGGGCUCAGAGCUCAGGGAAGGCACCGCCUCAGGCCUCUGCCCAAGUGCCCACACCCCCCGCCCGGCGGAGACAGAGCACCCAGGACAGCCCCUUGCAGGGGCAAGCAGGCCACAGGACUCCAGGAAAGGUCCAGGAGUCCCAGGCAACCAUGGCUCCUACCACAUUGGCCAGCAGCAGCUCUGAUAUGGUCUCCGCUGGUUGCAGCACCUCCAGAAGUCAGGACAUCAUUGAGCCCAUGGACACAGAAACCCAGGAGGAUGGGAGAGCAUCUGCUGAUCAGAACACUGGAGGCAAGAAGAAUACAGAGAUGGAUAGGAAGAUGCAGGUGGAUGGGAGGACGCAGGGAGAUGGAACACAAACCACCCAGAGGACACAGGCAGAUAGGAAGACACAGGUGGAUGUUGUGACACAAGAAAGUGAGAGGUCAGAGUCAGGCAGGAAUUCCCAGGAGGAUGUGAUGGCACAAGGAAAGGUGGGGACCCAGGCAGAUAAGAGGACACAGGCAGACAGAAGGGUGCAGGAAGGCAAGGGGACAUGGUCAGAGGGGAGCAUUCCCACAACUGUGAAAUGUUGGUCAGAGAAGGCAUCCAUGACCGGUAUCAGCCCACAGUCCAGGGCCCCCAAACGCCCACCUUCAGAGGAUCCUAGGUCCCCUCAGAUUACUGAAUGCUUUGAACAGACCCCAGAAGAGUUCUCCAUCCCAGACAAACCUGAGUUUAUGCUCAGAUCUGACGAGGCAGCAGGAACGGCCUCCGGAAGCCGUGAGGAAACUGUGCCAGGUCCCCUGGCGGGGGGCCUCACACGCGGGGCACAGCUGCCUCCUGAGGGCAGUUUGGAGCAGGUGGGAGGAGAGAGAUAUCGAGGGCCAGAGCAGUCGGGUCCAGUUAAGGACAAGGCCAACGAGGGCCUGUCCCAGGGCCCCAAGCAGGAACAGCCGGGAGAAGUGCUGCCUGUGGAUCUGGGUGGCUGUCCUUCAGCGGGCCUGAGCCCCCAGGUGCCCACUCUGCCCUCUCUUCCUGGGGCUGGCCUGACGGAUAACUCACAGCAGCGGCUGCCCAGCACCCCGGCUUCUCAGCACAUGAGCACAGCUGCCUUCCUACCCUCUGGGGACAAGGCCUCGCUGAGUUCUGCCCCCGCACUGCACCUGGGGCUGGGCGCCCCCAGCCAGAGUCACCCGCCAGGAACCAGGGCAGCAGACGCUGAGGGGGCCUGCGCCAAGGUGCCCGGUGUGGAAGGGAGGACUUCAGGCCCCCAGACCUGUGACCCUGGCCUCAUAGACUCCCUGAAGAGCUACUUGCUCCUGCUGCUGAAGCUAUCCAGCUCAGAGACGAGUGGCAGGGGCCCAGGGGCCCAGGAGGAAGCUGCCGCUGGGGAUCAGGCACCCUCACCCUCUCUGGCCCCCACCGUGGAAGUGGCCGGUCUGAGUCCCCGGACGUCACGGCGCAUCCUGGAGCGUGUGGAGAACAACCGUCUGGUGCAGAGCGCGCAGACUCUGCUGCUGAGCCCCUGUACCUCCCGCCGCCUCACUGGCCUCCUGGACCGCGAGGUGCAGGUUGGCUGUCAGGCCCUGGCUGCUGCCCGGUGCCCUGGCCCCAGCCCCCUCUCUGUCCCUGCCAUCGUGGUAGGUGAGGAGGAAGGCCCCGGGGUGGCCUCAGGAGGAUCCAGUGAAGGUGAGGGAGAGGUUUCCCUUGAGGGGCCUGGCCUCCUGCCGACCUCCCAGGAGAGCGGCAUGGGUGGGCCGCUGGGGGGCGUGGGUGGACAGGCAGCCCCUGGGCAGGGACUGCUGUCAGCAGAGAGCAGAGCCCAGGAACGCUUCCGAGAGGAGGAGAUCCCAGGGGAAGCUCUGACAGAUCUCCCCGCAGCUACGCCCGAGGAACUGGCUCUGGGGGCCCGGAGGAAGAGGUUUCUCCCUAAGGUCAGAGCAGCAGGAGAUGGGGAGCCAACCAAGCCCGAAGAAAGGGAGAGCCCCUCGGGUUCCCCCCGGGGGCCCCGGAAGGGCCUUGCACCGGGGCCCCCGGGGAGUCCAGGGCGGCAGAAACGCUCCCCUACUCAGGGCAGAAAGGCAGACCUGCUGGAGGUGCCGCGGGCAGAGGAGGAGCCGGCAGCAGGGGCCCUGGGCUCCAGCCCCAGAGCCAGCAACCUGGAAGCAGAGCUGGCCCUGGAGGAAGGCAAGCAGGGCACUCCGGCCAAGCCAAGGAGAGCCAAAGACCUGCUAAAAGCCCCACAGGUGAUCCGGAAGAUUCGGGUGGAGCAGUUUCCUGAUGCCUCGGGCAGCCUGAAGCUCUGGUGCCAGUUUUUCAACAUUCUUAGUGACUCAGUCUUGACAUGGGCCAAGGAUCAGCGCCCAGUGGGCGAGGUGGGCAGGAGUGCAGGGGAUGAGGGGCCAGCGGCCCUGGCCAUCGUGCAGGCGUCCCCCGUAGACUGUGGCGUGUAUCGAUGCACCAUCCGCAAUGAGCACGGCUCGGCCUCCACUGACUUCUGCCUCAGCCCCGAGGUGCUGUCAGGAUUCAUCUCCAGAGAAGAAAGUCAAGUUGGAGAAGAGAUUGAGAUGACCCCCAUGGUGUUUGCUAAGGGUCUGGCUGACACUGGCUGCUGGGGGGACAAGCUCUUUGGGCGCCUGGUGAGCGAGGAGCUACAAGGUGGUGGACACGGGUGUGGCCUUCGGAAGGCCUCCCAGGCCAAGGUCAUCUACGGGCUGGAACCCAUCUUCGAGUCAGGCCUCACGUGCAUCAUCAAGGUGUCCAGCCUGCUUGUGUUUGGGCCCAGCAGUGAGACUUCUCUCCUGGGCAGAAACUAUGACGUCACCAUCCAGGGGUGCAAGAUCCAGAACAUGAGUCGAGAGUACUGCAAAAUCUUUGCGGCUGAAGCCCGGGCUGCACCUGGCUUUGGGGAUGUGCCUGAGAUCAUCCCACUGUAUCUGAUCUACCGGCCUGCAAACAAUAUCCCAUAUGCUACCCUGGAGGAGGACCUGGGCAAGCCCAUGGAGUCUUACUGUUCCCGGGAAUGGGGCUUUGCUGCGGCUCCAGCAGCAUCUAGCAGCUCUGAGGCCGUGCAGAAAUGCCAGACCUUCCAGCACUGGCUGUAUCUGUGGACAAAUGGCAGCUUCCUUGUCACAGAUUUGGCAGGGGUUAACUGGAAAAUGACUGAUGUGCAGAUUGCUACCAAACUGCGAGGAUACCAAGGCCUCAAGGAGAGCUGUUUCCCUGCCCUGCUGGACCAGUUUGCCUCUUCCCACCAGUGCAACACCUUCUGUGAGAUGCUGGGGCUAAAACCUCUCAAGGGCCCUGAGGCUGCCCAUCCCCAAGCCAAGGCCAAAGGCUCCAAGAGUCCAUCUGCCGGCAGGAGGGGCCCCCAGCUGAGUCCUCAGCCCCAGAGGAAAGGCCCUCCCAGUCCCCAGAAGAGUGCCCCAAGCUCCAAGGCCACCCCUCAGGCCUCAGAGGCAGUCGCCACCCAGUUACUCGGACAGCCUCCCGUCCGAGAUGGAGACUCCAAGGCCCAGGGCAUGCGGUAGCCCCCACAGGAGGCUGGGGGCCUCCACCCAGCAGCAGACCGACAAGGAAGCAGCUCGAACCGAUGGAGACGUUCCCAGUACGGGACUGACCGGAGCAGGUGCACUGAGGCGGCACCCCUCGGGGCCUCUGCCCGCAGCCUCUCCUCAUCAGAUGCUUGGUGCCUGACACCCAGCCCGGUGGCCUCUCCUGGUGCCAUCGUCCCCGUGGCUCCCAGGCCCUACCUCCCGGGGCCUGCAGCCUAGCCCUCCUUGAAGUUUACACUGGCCACUGCUGGAGGCUCCCUGAGUCCUCUGCAUGAGUUCUGCAACCAACCCCUUGCCCCAGGCCCUGCCGUGAAUGUUGCACUCUGGGGGCACGCAGGCCAGCACCUACCCUUUUCCCUUCACUUGGCCCUGAUCCCUCCCUAUCCUCAGGGCUCCAGACUUCCUCUGCGGUGUCUGGCCUGGUGACUCUCAGGGUGUCUUUUCCUUCCAGUCAUUUUGCGUCAUUCAUCCCAGCUUAUCUUGCAACUAACCUGUCCCUGAGCCCGAAUGGUGCCAGGGCCCUUCCAGAGACUGUCAUAUCCUUGUGCAGUGGUCUUUGGUGAUGUGUGUUCAUGCUCUUCCUUCCCCCAUCACUCAGGCACUCAAUCACCUGCCUACCAUGCUCCCUUGCACCCCAUCCCCCAUCCCUGGCUUUGAGCCCAAUUGCAGCCUGCUGCCUGCCUUUCACUGAGUUCUGUUUGUUCCCCUACCUGAGGGCUUCCCUAGCCUGACCCCCACCCUACCCACCAUACCUAGGUGAAGAGCAGACCCUCUGGCCUCUCAGCCCACCCCAGGACACUCCUCCCCUACUUCUCCCAGGCCCUCUGCCCGUGAGGUGAGAGCUGGCAUGAGGGUUGCAUCAGCAGCUGUGGCCAGACGGAAGGUGUUGACUUUGUGGGACCUUGUGCUUCAUACUGAAACGAGGUGGGGUCACAGUGAAUUUCACAUCCCCUCUUGACCAGGGAUAGAGGGCUGGGACUCUUCUCCAGAGGGCGUGCACCUGGGAGCUGUGGGAAGAAUGCAGUCCACCCAUGUGCAGGGUGGAGGAGUGUCUCUGUGCCUGGGAAUUAGGACCCCCUGCCCCUAACCAUUAGCUCUUGACCCUGGGACUCCAGCUCUGGGCCUCAAUAUAGGCUCCCAAGGAAUUGCUGUGCUCGGCCCAGCACCCUGGGCCCUUCCUGAGAACCCUUCCUUGAGGCCUGGGAUGGGGUGGGUCUCGAGCUAGCCUGCUCCCCCUGGAAUGCAAUAAAGGCAGCAACUGUGUAUCUUGCUCGCCCUUAUCUGGUGUGGUUGUAGGUAUAUGGGGUCAGGGUCCCGUCUCCCCAGGCGGUUCUCUGAAGGCGUCCUGCAGUCCCUGGACCCACUGGAAAAGUGAAUCCAUGUUUUGGAUCCUAGAUUGGCAUUCAGCCUCAGCCUUCUGUGGCCGCAGCUAGACAGUCUGUGCUGCUUGUACUAAUGGAAUGAUGGCUUGUGCCCCUUACGAGGGCGCUUAGGCCUUUGGAAUUGCUCAUUCAUUUGGAAGAGGAAUGCAGAGGAAGGAACCCAGGAAGGAAGAGCAGAGCUGGGGCUCUGGGGAAACGCCCAGUGUCUUUGGCUGCCUCCACUGGGGCAAGACCAGCCCGGGGGAAGACCAGCUCCUGCCUCUCAGCUACUCACUGACUGUUUCCUGCCUCCCAAGCUGCAGAGGCUUCUCAUUCCCAGCCCCACCCCAUCACCCAGGCCUUUCCUUGCCUGACCUUUACCCCCCUCCGUUUGACAUUUCUGACUUCUCUACCUCCUCUUGUGCUCAGGUGACUCUGCCCACUUUUUCCUCUUGCUCCCAACUCUCCCAGCCUGCAUAUCCAGAUUGCCGUGGUGAACCGAGAGCUGGAAUAUUGUUGAUUUGUUUAUUCAUUCAUCCAUUCAUUCGGCAGACAUACUGAGCAGACUUACUUUAUGCCAGACCCUGAGCUGACCACUGCUGGGAGGCAAAGAUGCAUGAGGUGGUCUCAAAAGAGGUGCUUUCCGUUAGGUUUCUUGGGUUUUGAGCAACAGAAAUGGACUUGGACCUUCAUGGGAAGGGUGUUGGGGGUAGUUCACAGAACCAAAGGAAUAGCUGAACAGUUGGCCUUUAGAAGGGCAGGAGCCAGGGUAGCUCCAGAGCUUGCCUCCCAGGAGCUGCUGCCGUUGCUCCAGUGGAUCUCCCUCCACUCAAGGUUCAAAUUCCUGUCCUGGAGCUCCGGGCAUCGUGGACUGGGAGAGAGGUAGUUUUCCAAAGGCUGGGGAUUCUUACCAGAAGAAUGGUGGAGGGUGGAAGGGUAGAAAGGGCUUGGCAGGCAACCACAGAAGAUACCCUGACACACACAGAUACAGACACACACACACACACACACACACACACACACACACCUUUCUUCCCAUCUGAUGCACUACAACUCUCUUACAUACAACCAAAAGCAAAUCGCUCUCUGCUUGGGGAGACCAUUCAAGGUAAUAGUCAAUGACUAAGUCCAGGGGUAAUGACCAGGGCUACCAUUCUCCAAAGUCCAGUGUCACUAAUGAUACUCUUUCCUCUUUUAUCACAAUCUCCUUUUGAAAUUCUGCAACCUGUGGAAAUUAUAUAACCCAACAAGAAGGGAAGUAUGAGUAAAGGCUACGGUCCAUUUCUAUAACUGGUCAUGAGAACUAGUAUUUAUGACUAGGGAUUUUUUUGCCCUUUGGAGUGACCCAAAUCUUCAGUUCCAAAGUCGAGUUCCUAAGCGGUCCUGCCUGUGUGGCAAGCAUUAGCCACUGGACAUGGCAGUACCAGGAAGCACUUUAGGAAACCCCCACGUCCAUCUGUACCCUGCCCCCUUUUAAGUAGCCGCAAUCAUAUUUUCCCUUGAUAGAGUUAAUCAUCCCAGCUACUCCUACGUGUCACUAUAUUUACUCGUAUCCUAGAUAUACUCCUAUCCUAGCUCUGUGUGGCUCAGAGGUACAUGCAACCUGAGACGGCCAGGUGCCUAGGCUUCUAAUUCACUUGAAUCAUUACUAUGAAUUUUUGAAGAGGUGUUUUCUUGGGAACUAAAACCUCUACACCAGUCUGGUCCUCAACCUCAGAUAUGAGAAACGCAUUGAGAUGUCGUGAUAACAUGCCCCUCUUCACCCUGCUUCCUGGCCUGUAGGAGAAAUAGCACCAUGAACUGGUUGCCGGUUUGGAGCUUAUGCUACAUCUUGCAGGCCUUACCCAGCCUUGCAAGGUAUUGUUUUCAGCUGGUGCCGUAGCUGAGUUUUCAACAAACCGUUUCACCAUAUUAUCAAGCUAACUGCUUCUAGACUGUGGGGAUCCUGAAAAGAUGAGCAAAGGCCAUAGGCAUCAACCCAUUACUUUGCUAUAAAGUGUAUUCCCUGGUUGAAUGCAAUAUGUGGGGAUACCGAAAUGCUGUUUACAACAGUUGAUAAUUCCAUGGAUUUUUUUUUUUUUUUUUUUUUUUUUUUUUUGCGGUACGCGGGCCUCUCACUGUUGUGGCCUCUCCCAUUACGGAGCACGGGCUCCCGACGCGCAGGCUCAGUGGCCACGGCUCACGGGCCCAGCCGCUCCGCGGCAUGUGGGAUCUUCCCGGACCGGAGCACGAACCCGUGUCCCCUGCAUCGGCAGGCAGACUCUCAACCACUGCGCCACCAGGGAAGCCCAAUUCCAUGGAUUUUGAUGGGAGAGGCAUGAUGGGUAAGGAAAGCAAAUCCAAAUCCAGAAGAAGGGCCCCUCAUGGUCAAGAUAAGUUACUGCCCUGUUAAAGCCAUAGCAUAAGUGUAGACUGAGGCGAGCUCAGCCGUAGGGCAGGAGGAGGCAUUAUGGGAGAGUGAGUGAUGCCCACACACAGCUUGCCUGUGCCUCCAGAACCCUAUCCUGGAGCAUUCACCUAAUGACGGUGGCCAUGCCUGAUUUUGGCUGGGUGGAUCCGACAACCCCUGUUCAUAAGGGCCAGCAUGGCCACCUGGUAGGCUGUAGCCAAGCAGUUAGACUCCCCAGAGCCCAGUGGCAAGUCAGAGGGCUGUGUGUCAAAAGGAUAAUAGUUACUUGUUGGCCAGCGUAUCACUUGAUUCCAAACUCUGGGUUUUCCUGCCAUAUUUUUAAUUUUUUUUUAUUUUUAAUUUUUUAACAUCUUUAUUACAGUAUAAUUACUUUACAUUGUUGUGUUAGUUUCUGCUGUAUAACAAAGUGAAUCAGUUAUACAUAUACGUAUGUCCCCAUAUCUCUUCCCUCUUGCGUCUCCCUCCCUCCUACCCUUCCUAUCCCACCCCCUUCUGCCAUAUUUUUUAAAUCAAGACUUGUCACAAUCUCCAUGUGCCUCCCCAAUAUGCCACAGACAGACCCCUCAAGCACCACUGGCUCUGCCAGGUCAUGUGGCCUCGUGGCAGAAUCAUACGUGCUCAAGGCUUUUCCUGCUGGAGAGCCUUCACUUGCUCUGCGCCCUGCCCAAAGCUGGCAGUCUUCUGGGUCAGUCAGUAAACGGGUUGGAGCAAGAUGCCCCAAACUGACAAUUUUGCCUGGAAUUGGGCCUUCGUGGUAAGGAAUUCAAAAUGUAGGAAUUUGUCCUACAUUAAUGGAGGAACUAUUCUGACCUCAACAGACCCCUUGAUCCCCAGGAACUUUAUUCAAGGAACAGACAUUUGCAUUUUCACAUGCUUUAUCUCCCACCUCUGACUCACAUAUAUAUGUCUUACCAAAGCAUCUAGGGAAACUGUUGAUCUCCAGACCCUAUCAGCAUGAUGCCAUCAGCGUGCUGGAACAUUGCAUUGCUGAGGUCAAGGUCCCUGUGAGGCAGUCUGUGGCACAGAGCUGAACAGCUAAGAUAAUAUAUAUCAUUCAGCAGGACAGCAGUGGAGUACUGCUACCCUGCCAGCUGAAGACGAAUUGCUUCUGAUGUUCUUUGCUCAUGAAAAUCAAGGGAAAAAAUGAAUUCACUGGAUCAAAGGGUUCAUACCAAAUGCCAAGAGCUGGAUGAAUUUGCUUUAGCAAGAAGACCAUUUCUGGAACAGCACCUGCAAUUGGAGUUAACACGUUUUAAAGUUUACAACAAUCCAAAGACCUCCUGGCCAGGCUGAGCUGUGGUAGGAAUCACUAUGACUUCACUCUUAAAUCUGAUAGUAACACUGAUUUCUACAAUUCCCUCCCAAAUACGGAAGCACUUUUGAUUUACCAUUUCGGUCAGGAGCGGGAAUUCUGAUGGCUUGUGCUUCUCCUAUCCUAUUAUAGUCAUUCUUACCCCACUAAUCAGAGCCAUCGUGGGGGUUAUGCGUGUUUCAGAAUAUAUCCAUUUCAACUGUACACUCAAAAUAACCUUUCAUUGGCUUUGAGAUUCCACUGGGUCUACUGUGGCGCAAAAUUUAGUCUAUUAAACAUCUCUAUGGAUUGGGAGACCACAUGCUCUUCUACUGUACCCAGAAAUUGGACUUGGCUUGGAGCCAGUGUCCUACAAAACCCCUCUCCCCAAGUCUGAGUACUUUCCUUUCCUUUCCGUUCCCAGAUAAGUGAACACAGAUCCCUUUGGGGAAGGUUGCAAGGAAGGUUAACAAUAUGCAUCUAAGUGUUAAAAUAAGGUUUUUCUUCAAAGAUAUUUGACUUCCUCUCCCUUGAAAGUCUGGAAAUUAAGUGGGAGAUUUUGACUCUACCUUGGCAGCUGAGACAGACCUCUUUGCCCAACCAGAAACCUUUGGUUACAGUAGUAACUAGCUGAUAUCUUAGGCACUGUCUGGUCUUUUUCAUUCCUGGGGCCCAGUGAUUAAUUAACCACAGCUAGAGGUUUGGUUUCCAUGCCCAUGUCCAUUAUGAUAACUCCUCUACUGUGUUCCUUCUGUCUAUCUCUGCUGCUGAGAUCAGGAAGUUCAUUUCAUAGGAGCUCUUCCAACCAGAAUUCCAGGCCUAGAGAGGAAAGCCAGCAGAGCCUCGCCAAUUUCUCAUGGCAGGGAGUGAGACCAUCUUCUGGGUCAUGUCAGAGGCCAGAGGGCAGAUGGGCUGGAUGCAUGUCAGGGACCCAAUAAAGCAUUCUUGUUUCCUAAAA